ACUCAGACAUCCAAUCAAAUAUGUUUGUGCAUUUGGGUGAACUCAGAGGACAGUGAUCAUUACUGAUUCCACUUUUUCAAUUGAAUUAUCGAAAUAAACGAACUUUUCCAUGAUAUUCUAAUCUAUUGAGAUGCACCUGUAUAUGUGCAUGACUGCACUUUUAGUUUCACUUUGUCUGCAGCACACGUGAAGGCUCCACGUGCAGAUGGACGUGGAGGAGCUCAGUUACAGCGUUUCUCUCGCGCCUGUUACUCUUGUCGUCCUCGUGCUGCUUUUGGGCUUCACACCUGUCGAAGGUCAAUCUCAGGUGAUCGGCUCUCUUCAGCCGAUCGUGGUGUCUCCUGGCGAUGACGUCAUCCUGCCUUGUCACGUGGAGCCGCCGCUCAGCGUGAUGGGACUGACGGUGGAGUGGUCGAGGCCCGACCUUCAGCGGGACCCCAAAGAUUGGCUGAGCCGGGUCGAGUAUGUGCAUCUUUACCGGGACAACCGAGAGGUGCCGGACAUGAAGUUGUCCUCGUUUGUCAGGAGGACAACGCUGUUCCCAGACGGCCUGAGACAAGGCAACAUAUCGCUGAAGAUCAUGAAUGUGACGCUUGCAGACGAGGGGAGAUUUCAAUGUUUCAUCCCUAAAUUAGAGGGCAGAGUACGGUCUGCAUUUGUUCAUCUUGUCGUUGAACCAAACUCUGCCAAAAACUGGACAACAGAGACGCCAAUACAACCCCGAAGUCCCCAAACUCCUGAUCUGAGGGGAGAGACGGAUGCUAAAGGUUUCCAUGAAUCGUUGUGGUACCUGGACCGUAGUUGUGCCUCCUGCUGUGAGCCGACUGACACCCACUGCUACUUCGAUUAUUAUUAUUAAUCACAUUACUAUCCCUAUUUCAUAAUUAUAAUUCUACUAUAAUAAUUGCUGCUGUUAUUAUAAGUAGUCUUAUUAUAUGAAUCAUUUAUGUCAUAUACAUUGAAUGUGUUGUAACUCUGUUAUGCUGCUCAUUCUGUACACAUGACAUCUAUUGCAUUCUGUCCAUCCUGGGAGAAGGAUCCCUCCUCUGUCGUUCUCCCAUAGGUUUCUUCCUUUUUUCUCCCUGUUAAAGGGGUUUUUUAGGAGAGUUUUUCCUGUGCCGAUGUGAGGGAAGGACAGAGGAUGUCGCAUGUGUACAGAUUGUAAAGCCCUCUGAGGCAAAUUUGUAAUUUGUGAUUCUGGGCUAUACAAAAUAAACUGAAUUGAAUGUGCUGUACGGUGGUGUAGUGGUUAGCACUGUCGCCUCACAGCAAGAGGGGCCCGGGUUCAAUUCCCGGGCUGGACAACCUUCUGUGUGGAGUUUGCAUGUUGUCAGCGUGGGUUCUCUCCGGGUUCUCCGGCUUCCUCCCACAGUCCAAAGACAUGCAGCUUAGGUUCAUUGAAGACUCUAAAUUGCCCGUAGGUGUGGAUGUGAGUGUGAAUGGUUGUUUGUCUCUAUAUGUCAGCCCUGUGAUAGGCUGGAGACCUGUCCAGGGUGUACCCUGCCUUCGCCCAUUGACAGCUGGGAUCGGCUCCAGCACCCCCGCGACCCUUAACUGGAUAAGCAGGUUACGGAAAAUGGAUGGAUGGAUGGAUGAAUUGAAUGUCGGGUGGUUGAUAUAAUUCCAGUCACAUUAGUUCUCAUUUUCUUCUUUUGUUCGCUUGUUGUUGUCAGGUGGUUUGUCUAGUCGGAACAGACUCAGCCUAGUUGUUGUUUUCUGCGUCUUCCUCACGAUCAUGGGAGUUGGAGUCGCAACAUAUUUAACC